CUGCGCACAGGCUCGGAUCUGCCCGGGGCACUGGCAGCAUGUGACCAACACAGGUUUGAGACCUCCCUCCUGGGACUGAAUUUCACCCAGCCUGGCGGAUCACCCGCUCCACGUCGCAGCCUCAGUCCCGGGCGCUCGUGCCGAGGGGAGGGCGGAGGGGCCGCCCCGUGCCCGCAGCCCGGAGCCGCCCGCCACUUGGAGCUCAGCGGGGGAGCCCCUGCGCCCAUCGGAGCCGAUGUGAUCGGCUUUGCUACUGAUCGGACGGGCGAGGUGGCAAGCAGCACAGGUUCCUUAACAUAACUUCUUGCUAGGAUGGGAAGGAAAUUGGAUCUGUCCAAGCUCACAGAUGAAGAGGCCAAGCAUGUUUGGGAAGUGGUUCAACGGGACCUUGAUCUACGGAAGAAAGAGGAAGAAAGAUUGGAGGAUCUGAAAGGCAAGAUUGAGAGAGAGAGUACCAAGAGGGAGUUCUUAUCCAAUCAGUCCCACCUAAAUGAAACCCACUGUGUCCACUGUCUGCAGCCUUUCAAGUUCCUGGUGAACAGCAAGCGACAGUGCCUAGACUGCCACUUCUACACUUGUAAGAACUGCAGCUGCUACAACAAAAAGGACCAGGGCUGGGUCUGUGACCCUUGCCGUUUAUCCAGGGUUGUAAAGAUUGGCUCCUUGGAGUGGUAUUAUGAACAUGUGCGGUCCCGUUUCAAGAGAUUUGGAAGCGCUAAAGUGAUGCGGUCACUCUGUGGCAGGCUUCAGCCUGGGCAGGGAAUGAAUCCAGCAUUACUAGGGCUUCAUGACAGAGUUUACAGCUUGCCAGACAUCAACAACAGAGAACGUCAUUUCCGUACCAGCAGCAGGGGAGGCGAAGACAGUGAUGAUGAUGUCAUAGGUGGUGCGGAAGCUGAGUGCUACAACAGGAUGCGUAAGACAAAGCGCCUGCUAUCCGUUCAUCCCUUUGAUUUUGAUCUGGACUCAGAAUAUUCCGCUCAAUCUCGCCGUCAGUCUAUGCAACUUUCUCCAGCUGCAAUCAACCAGGAUGGCCUCCAGUCAUAUCCAGAUUUCCCAGACGGUAGGGAGGACACGUCCCAGAAGGAAUCGCUGAUAGCAGAAGCAGACCUUGCUUCGAUGUUCCAUCACAUCCUGCAGGAGCAGGGACAGCACCUGGCCCCUCCAGAGCAGGAGUUCAGCACUGAAGUCCGGCUUACAGUGAACUCACGCAGGAAGAGCCUGGAAAGAAAUCCUAACUUUGGCAGCCUCUGGAAUAGGCAAUACCCACCCCAUUACUCUGCAGAUAUGGACACCUCCGAUGAGGAUGUGAAGGGAGCUCACAAGUUACCCCAUCACAUAAAACGCAGAAACAGAGCCUCAUCUCAAGAGAGCAUAAAUCACUCUGGAAAUCAGAUAUUAGAACUCAACAAACGCAUGUCGGCAGUUGAACGCAUGUUGAACCGCUUGGAAGAAAAGGUCCUGGUGCCCUCAGAAGAGUCUCCAGGCCAGGAGCCCCCUAAUGAUCCUGAUGUGGAAGAAGAGGAAUUGAAAAAGAAGCUGGAAGAGUUGGCCAGCAACAUCAGUGACAAAGGCAUUUCUUCGGAGGAAGAGGAGGGGAAGGAGGAAGCAGCAAAACCAGAAAUGAGUUCUUCCAGUGAUGACUUGCCCAGUGAGGCUCAGCAGAGGUCAUCGGCUAAGGUUUUGUGCGACAUCACAGCCAAGGUGUUGAGAGCCAUAAAUGCCACAGAGAAAGCUGUGCACGAAUCGUUGAGUGGAGACGACCAGUGUGAUGUUGCCUCCCCCUUCCUCAGAGGGCAGCCUUCCGGUCUGAAAGAUGGGAAAGAGGCAACUGAAGCCUAUCAAAAACUUGAAGAAAAUGUUUACAUGACUGCUGGGAAGACAUAUGGGCUGGAGAAAAUGCUGAAGGACAUAGAGGAACGUGCCCGUCACAGUGGGACCACGGAUUCUGAACUGUCUGAGCUGGAGGACAAAGUGGCGUCAGCAGCUGCGCAGGUGCAGCAUGCAGAGAGCGAGGUGUCGGAUAUAGAGACUCGGAUUGCAGCACUGAGUGCAGCUGGAAUGACUGUUAAGCCAAUGGAAAAAGCAAAGAAGAAGUCAAGUAUGCCAGUGUUGACUCUUCAUUCUCCCAGGCAUGGAAAUAGUCAAGAGGAUCAAAAUAUGAACUCCCCAUUUAUAACAUCACCAAAUGAUGUCAAAGUAAUGUCCAUGCCACAGGUGUUACAGAAGAAAUUUAACGGCUCUUUUGAAACUGCAGGUGAUGAAUCUUUUGAUAGACAGUCCUUGUACCGGGGCUCUUUGACACAAAGAAACCCCAAUGGGAGGAGCAGAAGAGCAGAGCGCAUCUUUGCGAAGCCAGUGAUGACCCAUCGACCCUGAGAAAGGCAGAUGCUCCCUACCCUGAUGUUUUACUAAUGCUGCAAGACCUCAGCUCAGAGCUUCACCUUUAUUUCCCUUAAUGCUUGCUUUUCCUUCUACUGCUUCCUUACCUGCAAUGCCAGAUGAAGGGAAGGAGCACUCCUGCACAAUGGGGAAUCCUGUUCAGUUGUGUUUACAGAGCUCAGAGUUUCAGCCUCACUGCAAGACAAUGUGGGUCCAAUUCUGAGUAAGACACCAACUGAUUAUUAACUGGCAAGUCUUCUGGGCUACAGAAGAUGGCAAAGCAGGCCCAAGAAGUACACCAUGUGCCCCACUAUGUCCCUUUUAAAAAGUUUUGAUAGCUGUGACCCACAAACAUUUGUUUGAAUGUUUGGCUUAAAGAAACUUUGUCAAGGCUGGUAAAUGUGGGCCAAGUAUGUGCCUGAUGCAUGCUUGAUGGCUUCACAGAAGCAAAUAAUUUGUCAGAGUGAGUUUUCACUGUAAUGUUGCUUUUCUAUUGAGAUGGUUCAAUGAAUGGAACCGUAUGCAUUAAAGUGUUUUGCAGUGGAUUUAAGCUGCAUAGUUCCCAUUGUCUUCAAUGGGAAUCACAUGGCUAAAAAGUUGCUUUGCAAAUGUCCAGCAUAUUUGCAAAAGUCACGCAAUCCAUGUUCUAUCCAUGUUUUCCCUGUGGGUAUGUACUGUGCAGUGACAGAGACAGGAGUUGAUUGUGUAUGAAGUGUGUCUUGACUUACCAGUGCAAUCUUUCGCUGAAUAUGACCACUUGAGGCCCAGCUAUAAAAUACAGACUGCAGGAAAGUUUAUGACUUCUGGCAACUUGCCAAACCAGCAGGAUGGAAAAAGGGGUGAUGCAGAGGUAAAGAAUACAUUCAGUGACUAUUAAUUCUGUUAGCCAGGUACGUGAGUUACGUGCUCAACUAUGAUGCACCAUGAAAUAAAUAGGUUAGCAGUGGCAACACUGUUGGCUCAGGGCUUAGAAUGAGAGAGAAGUGGUCCUAGACCUGGAUUUGGUGCUGGGUCCCUUUGGACAAGUCAUCUUCUCUGUGCUUGAUUUCCCCCACUAGUGAAAUACGUGAUUUAUCAUGCUGACUUAACCUGGUAAAGUGCUUCAGUAUGUAAAUAUAAAGCAUUAUUAUCAACACUAAAUAAAAAGGCCCCAUAGAGGGAUUAUGAAGCUUUUUUUCCUCACUAGGAAAGCAGAGACAAGUAUUUUUGCCUAAAGAAGUGACCACUGAAGCUCUCGUUUCGCUCAAGUCCCAUUAAAAUCCAUGGUAUUGAAGCACUUUGCUUAAGGAGACUUCUCAAAAUUAGGGUCCAAGUUAAUUGCCAGGCAAGUACAGACCCUUAGGUAGUCUCUGUUGGAUCUGACAUCUUUUGGAAAGAGUAACUGUCACAAAACAGUUUAGCCUAGCUAAAUGCCAGGCAAAAUGGCAGGCAGUGCCAUAGCCUCCUUACCCCUCCAUCUGGAACAUGAAAUUCCUUGCUGUCUUUGAGUUUGAUUUGCCUUCAACCAAUAAUGUCAUUGGUCUCAAGUGCUUGUACAGCACCCUUUCCCCUAACCUAUAGGUGCAAUUUGCUCUUACUAUCUUGUUACUUCCAAGAGAGAUUUGUCAAAAGAUUUCUCUCAACAUUUUCUAACCGGAUCUUUUGGUGCAGUCUUACCCUUGUGAGGAGGAAGUUCUGGUUGGAUGAACUAGUCUUUCCAUCCACAACAUAAAAUCUAGGUAAUGUCACCUGAAGAUGAAGCAAAAGCAGUAGAGGCCAAACCCACUGAUGUAAGAAGAGAAUUCUCCCACAGCAGCUCAAACAGGAGGGCUUGAGGCCAUCCCAGUACUUUAAAAUAAAAUAAUUAAAGAAAGAGCAUGUGAAUCCUCAGAUUAGUCUCACAUUAUUGUAUGAGAGUUUGGUUGUGAUUUGGGAGUCCCUAAACAUAUAUAAAUGUUCCAUGGUCACCUCGGAAGGUGAUUAUGUAAAGAGCAGAAAACAGUAGGAAGUGUUCUUCUUUUUGUAAAAAAAUUCUGCAAUUUUAAAAUAUUUUUGGUCCAAAACGUAACAAAAUUAAAAAUGAAAUUUCUGUAAACUGAAAUUCUGAAAAAUACUUAUUUCCGGUCAAUUAUUUCAUUAAAAAUAAAUAGUUUUGUUUUGAUUUUGCCCUUUAAAACUUGUUUAAAAAUGUCUUUCUUUAAAGUAAACAGAUGGUUUUUAUUUCAAAAUGUCUAUUUGAAAGAAAACAGCUAAAUGUUCCACUCUAAAAGUGUAAAAAAUAAGAAACUUUGAUAUUAUCAAAACACUUCAUUUGGGGGAGUAGAGAAGAGAGAAAACAAAGCUAUGUCAAAAUGGGCAUAUUUUCUAAUGCAUUUUAAUUUUGCCAAAAAUGGCACUUUUCAAUAAGUGGAAAGAAUCUCUUAGGAAGAUAUCUUUUAUUGGAUCAACUGUGUAGUUAGGAUGGAGUUAGACAAGCUUUUGAAUGCCACACAAUCUUCAUCAGGUCUGACCAGAGCAAGCCAGGCACAGCAUAGUAAAGAACAGUUGUGGCCACUUGUUUUGGUCCAGCAUAUUUAUAUUCCUGGGCAUGGUAGCUGAAAUGACUUCAAAUUACUUUGUACCUCCUAUGCAUCAUUGUAUUACAAUUCACAUAGAUGACAUGUCUGAUCUCAAGUUCCCAUUUAAAGUCCAUAGUAGUCAAUUCCAUUGUUACUAAUACAGCUUAAGCUAAGAGAUGAUUUCUCAAAAAGAUGGUCUCUGACAAAGCUAUUGUUCCAUUUGAUCAGUAUUGGCCACUUAAAAUUUUUACACCUAGAUGCAUAGAAACUAACUUUAAGUCAGCUGUACCAUUGCAACUUCCUGCAAUAAAAUUAAAUUGCCUAUUGCAUAUAUUUCACAAGUGAGCUGCCUUUAGGCAUUAACAUAGUGGUCCAGAACCUCAUGUGGUAUAAGGUAGCUCCACUGAAGUCAUAAAGUGAUGUAGAUUUAUACCAGCUAAGGAUCUAGCCACACUGUAGUACUACCUUGAGUACAAAUGUACCCUUUGCAAUACCUGUUUUCACCCUUAGUCCAGUACCAGUCUAUCAGAAUCCUAACCCCAUGGAGAAGUCCUCAUGACAAACCUUAGAAAUGUAAAAUAAGGCAUUGUUUAGACUGUAGUUACCCAAGCAUUUUAACUUUCAUCCUCUUCUGUUUCUAUAUAAAUAUAUGGCCUAAAUCAUUCAAUAAAACUGAUUUUGUGUUGAGAUUCAAACAUCCAUUUUGCACAGCAUCUGAUUUUCUUCCUCUCAGUUCACUUUCCUCGCUUUAACCAGUCAAUGUAAAUGCAUCCAAUGAAAAAACUGAAAAGUAUAGGAAAUGAAGCUGUGUCUGAAGAUGUGGUAGGAUAGGGAAAUAAAACAGCAAGUUUGUUCCCCUAGCAUUGAUCAUGAAUGUAUUUAGGAGCAGGAGAGCAGGGAAAGAAAGGAAUAAGUUUGUUCCCUUUGCGUUGAUCAUAAGCUUUUCCAGGAGCAGUACAAUAAAUGUGUUCAGUUAUACACAAUGCUGUACAGUCCCAUUUAGGAUGUAUCGUGUUACCUAUGUUCUUGCAUAUUGUAUCAUUGCAUCUCAGACCCCAGGCACUUACCAUAACAUGAGAGCAUUAGCACUUGUGAUCACUUGAUAAAACUAAAUAGAAUGAAGAAAAUAGUUUCUAAAAUACAAAAAAAAUGUAACAGGGACAAAUGUUUUUAUUUUAAUGACCACACGUCUCUAAGGACCCAAGUAAUCUCAUUUGGAUGCCGUGAUCUAGUUAGGGAUUAGCAGAACAGGCAGGUUUAGUCAUAAAUUCUGUUGUCUAAACUGAUUAUCUGUUCAAAAUGGCAAGUUGUUAAGUCAAUACAGAAAUAUAUUAAAGGAUUUCUUCAUACAGAA